AUGAGUUCUCGGAAGCGACCUUACUCAGACGGCGACUCCUACGACAUUCGAAGCCUCUUUCAGUUUGCCAGAGAGCAGGGGGUGUCGGAGAGGUGUGGGCCGCUCUCCCUUGAGCGCAUACUCUUCCCCAAACUCCUUCACAGUUAUUGGAGAACUGGCGGCCCGCUGGCAGAUCCCACGCGCAUGUUAAACAGUGCUGCUGCUUCUGGUGACUGGAAGCAGCGGAGCGCUGGUUUCCUUGCCCUUCCACAGCGAAUAGAGGCUUCUGCACACCUCCAACGCUAUAUGAAGCUGCAAUGGGAUAGACUAUCUACAGCGGUGGCGCCACUCGAGGAUGACACCUUGGCAGCGCAGCGUGCUGUUACCGACAUUGUAUUCGACAUGCAGGAACAGUUUGCGAUCGUCUGUCAGCACAGACGCCUGGCCACGUACAGCACGGAGAACUGGCACCAUUCCAGGGGAGAGAACGGGGGGCGCAUGCACAGUCCACCGGUGGUGGUAGUGGGGUCGCAAGCGUGGCCUGGUAUUGGCUCCCGCUACUCAGCGGUGCAGUUCAUAUCCUCGUCGCUGCAUAUUGUAACGAGCUAUCAUCGUUUACCGUUCCUUGACAUCUUUGACCUGGAGGAUGUAGACGAGGAAAUGAGUGAGCCCCUGGAGCGCUUCUGUUUGACAGGGCCUCACGUAAACGGCGGCAUUAGACGUGGCGUUGUCACCACUGAAAGUGAGAGCUCCUACGCCAAUGAUGUGGUGGCGGUCACGGAGAACGUUGGUGUGGCGGCGCUCUCCUCCGGCCGCGCAGUCUGGCUGGACCGUCGCAGUGGCAAAGUGGAGACAUGCACCGGUGCGUUUGCGCGGAACUACAGCAUUGGUGGGAAUAGCACGCGCGUGGCCGGGGAGGGCCCGCUGACGGCCGUAGCGUUUCUGUGCCGCAACGACCCUAUCAACAUUGUGUGUGGGACAGAAACAGGAGCCGUGCAGCUGUGGGAUGUGCGCUGUGCGCGGGAGUACGUCGCGGUGCACAUGACAUCAUCCGCCAUAUGCAGUCUUCAGCCGUCGUACACCCCGCCGCUGCAGGGCGUUGUGUGGCUCAACAAUAAGGGCGGGGAGGUGCAGGGCCUGAGUGCGGGGCACAGCGACAUGCGCCUGUUCGCAGAGGCGAACUGCGCUGAUGGGAUGCGUUCAAGUGAGACGCUUCAUUUGCCAACACCACGGCUUUCACUGAUGGGAUCCGUUGGACUCCUUGCGUGUCCCCACGUGUCAUCCAACUCGUUGCUGUUGUUUGAUGUUGGUCGUCUGCUUAAAGAGAGACAACGCUUAAGAAGCAUGGGGGCCGUCGAUGACGCAGUCAGAUGCUUCGACAUUGGUACUGACAGCAGUAGCGAUAGUAGUAGCAGUGAUAGCGAUGAUGAUGCCGAGGAUGUGCAGCCGCUCUAUCGUGACUCGAACCGAGGGCUGGUGCCGCAGGCGCAUGCGUCAUCAGAGAAGAAAAACGGCACCUCAGGUGAAGAUGAGAGAGAGGUGCUCGAGCUCCAGUACAGCAGAGUCUUGAGCUGCGUGGGAUUUACGAGGAUCGCUGCCACCGGGGUGUGGAGCAGGUAUAACCGCCUUCUCGUGGGAGAUGACAAAGGUCGUGUGCAGCUUGCGUGA